AUGAGCACCGAAAAAAGCGAUAGCUUUUCUGCUCAGGACGAAGGGACGCACCCCACAGAGUCGCCCUGUGAGGAGACAAAGAAGCAGCGCCUCGUCAUUCGUUACAUCAAGCUGGAAAACUUCAAGUCAUACGGAGGUCACGUCUGUAUCGGUCCCCUGCAUCGACAGUUCAACGCUACCGUCGGUCCCAAUGGAAGCGGGAAAUCCAACGUCAUCGACGCUAUCUUGUUCGUGUUCGGGAAGCGUGCGAAGCAAAUGCGCUCCAACCGCGUAAGCGAGCUGAUCCACCGCUCCGAGGCCUACCCGGAUGCGGCUAGCGCGACCGUCACCAUAGAGUUCGUUCAGAUCAUUGAUAAAGAGUACGCGAGUGAAAACGAACCAGAUGAGGUGGUUCCCGGAAGCGGCUUCACCGUCACGCGAACAGCGGCGCGCAACAACACUUCUGCGUACUUGUUGAAUGAUGAGAGCAUCACCUACACGGAGCUCCAACAGUUUCUUCGCAGCAAGGGCAUCGAUUUGGACAACAAUCGUUUUCUCAUUCUUCAAGGGGAGGUCGAGCAAAUAUCCCUUAUGAAGCCGAAGGCUGUGAACCCGCACGAUACGGGUCUCUUGGAGUACCUCGAAGACAUCAUCGGGUCGAACAAGCUGGUUGCACCCAUUGAGGAGGCCAUUCAAGAGCUCGAAACACUCACCGAAGAACGCACCGUACGCUUGAAUCGCCUGAAGGCUGUCGAUAAGGAGCGCGAAGCGCUCGAGGAAGCCAAGUUUGAAGCAGAGCAGUAUCUCGUGUUGGAGCACGACAUCUAUGAGAAACGGCUGCAACUGCAUGAACUUGACGCCAAAAAGCUAGAAGAGGCGAAGGCCGCUGACGAGGCGCAGUAUAAUCUUGCUAAGAAGCAGCUCGAGACGGAGCGCGACGAGUUCUCAGCGGCGGAAAAAGCUGUGCAGCAUCUGGUCGAGCGACGGGAUCAGACGAAACAGGCGCACACCGAGGUGGCGAAAGCUUUUGAGGCGGCUAAGGAGGCGUUUGCUGAGCUCGAGCGCCGCGACGUGCGUGUUCGCGAAGACUUCAAGCAUUUAGCUGAGCGCGAGAAGAAGGCUGCCACCAACAUUCGCAACGAAGAGCGUCGGCAUGCGGAGCUGGAACAGGCCCAACGGGCGUCUCGGGCUCGGCUGGGUGAGCUCCAGCAGGAACAGCCCAAACUAGAAACGGAGCUUGCGAACGCGGAGGCGGCCUUGCAACGCGUCUAUGAUUCCCUCCGAACCGAAACGACUGAUUUACGGUCAGAUAUGGAGCGCAAACAGACGGAAUUGCUACCUCUCCGCGAAAAAGCGGAUGCUGCACACCAGCGACUCUCCGUAGCCCAGCAGCGCUUACAGUUGCUGGUCGCAAAGCAGGCUGCGCCCGAGCAGGACCGCGUAGACACGGAAAAGCUCAUUCAGACGCUGGAAAAGGAGCUCAGCGAGCUUGGUUCGCGCAUUGCAAGCGAAAUUGAACCCACAGCUGACGCGAAAACACGAGCACUUCGCGAUGCACAAGUUCGGCUCGAAAACGCGCGGAAAGCUGAGGAAGAAGCUCGACAGCAGCUCAGUCGUCUCCGACGCCAGAACGAGGAAGCAAAUGCGUCGCAUGCCGCCAGCAGCGGUCGAAACCGAAUGCUCGAGGCGCUGUGGAAAGCGUCACAGCGAGGCAGUAUUCGUGGGUUCAUUGGCCGUCUCGGUGACCUGGGCACUGUUCCGGACGCAUUUGUCGCUGCGUUAGAGGCCGCCGCUGGGUCAGCUCUCGAUCAUCUGGUCGUCGAGAACGUCGACGAUGCCCAGGCGUGCAUUGAAAUGCUCCGUGAAAACAAGAUGGGGCGCGCUACCUUCAUUAUCUUGGAGAAAAUUCGUUACCUGCAGUCACAAAUCGAGCAGAGCAAGUUUCCUGCUCCGGAGGGUGUCCCACGCCUAUUCGACUUGCUGGACAUCUCGAACGCCGCCGGCCGGCUGCCGUUCUAUUUCGUGCUCAGAAACACGUUGGUUGCUCGAGAUCUGGAGCAAGCGACACGAAUCGCGUUCCAGCCAACUCGGCGGAACAGGGUCGUCACUUUGUCGGGUCAGCUGAUUGAAACAUCCGGAACAAUGUGCGGCGGCGGCGGCGGCGGCAGCAGCAGCAGCAGCGCAGCCUCGGGGCGUGGCACUUCGCGUUCAAACGUGAAGCAGUCGCGGACAUGUGGUGGAAAUGCCAUUCAGGCGGCACCUCCGUCGGCAGAGGCGCUCGCGAAAGCGGAGGAAUGCGCUGCAAAGGCCCUGGAAACGCUCACGGCUUGCGAACGCGAGCGAGAUAGCCUUCUCGAACAGGCGCGGUCGGCGAAUCAGGAAUUAGAGCGCGCCCGCCUGGAGAAAUCCUGUCUCGAACAGAGACUCCAGGAUGCUAAGAAUCGAAUGAAAUCCUUGAAUACGCGGAGCAGUCAAGCUGUACUCGAGGUGGAUGAGGCACGUGAGCUCGUUGAGCUGCAGGCAAGCAUACCGCAUCUUGAGCGUGAAUGCGCGGAGCAUGACGCCGCUGCCAGUGCGCUUGAAGCGCUCAUUCGUGAACAGCAGGAGCGCAUUUUGGCUAUCGGCGGCGAGCGGUUGGUCCAGUCCCGCGAUGCAGUCAAGAAACUGCAAGAUGCGCUGCAGGCUAUCGCAGACGAGAUACGCAAGCUUGAAAUCGCCCUUGAGUCGAAUGAGAAAACGCUGGAGAAAUCUUCCGAGGCAAUUCGACGUGCUCAUCUAGAGCGACAAAAACUCGAAGAGCAACGUCAGCAGCGGGAUGCGGAGCUGUGCGAACUCGAGCAACAAGCAGCGACUGUUUUGCAAGCGCAGCAAGAGCACGAGGCGCAAAAGAAAGCGCUGCAAAAGGAUCUCCAGGAAAUAGAGGCGGAGCUCACGAAGCAUCAGCAUGCGCUGCAGGGCUGGCGUCGCCACGAGCUUGACCUAACGAAUCGCCUCGAGAAGCUUGCUAGGGAGCUCCAAGCGCUACAGUCGCAGAUUCAGGAGCAUCGCAGCCAGGCGGACGCGGCUCGCAAGUCCAUGCUGGAGCUUGAGGAAAGCAUGCCCCUGUUGUUUGUUCGAGAUUCUGCCAGCAACGACGACAACGAUGACGACGAUGACAACGACGACGACGACGAUGAUGAUGAUGAUGAUCAUCGUAAUGAUGAUGAUGACCAGGGCGAUGCAACCCGCAACGGCGAGCCGCGCAUCACGGACGCUAGCUCAGAGUCUGGCACAGCAGAGAAGCAGACGCAGCGACGAGGGCGUCGAGGUCGGAGAAACGCUGGCUCGUCUGCGGCUAGCGCUGAGGCAUCCAUCGACCCCGCCGAGCGAUUGCGUCUGGAAAUUGCCGCUCUGGAGCGGAGCCUCGCGGAGCUGAAACCCAACCUCAGCGCUAUUGAAGAGUACCAGAAGAAAGAGGACGAGUACCGCUCGCGAAUGGCUGAGCUCGAUGCCCUCACGGAGCGUCGAGACGCACGGCGGCGCGAUCUUGAUGACCUCCGAAAAAGGCGACUGGAGAGCUUCAUGGCUGGCUUCGCCAUCAUCGCCACAAAGCUGAAGGAAAUGUAUCAAAUGAUCACCCUCGGGGGAGACGCCGAGCUGGAGCUUAUCGACUCGCUGGAUCCGUUUUCCGAGGGGAUCGCGUUCACGGUACGACCGCCCAAAAAGACUUGGAAAAACAUCGCCAACCUCUCCGGAGGCGAGAAGACGCUCUCCAGCCUAGCGCUGGUCUUUGCCCUGCAUCACUACAAACCAACCCCUUUCUACGUCAUGGAUGAAAUUGAUGCUGCCCUGGACUUUAAGAACGUCAGUAUUGUUGCACAUUACAUUCGGGAACGUGCCCGUGACGCCCAGUUCUUCAUCAUAUCACUGCGAAACGACAUGUUCGAACUAGCCAGCCGUCUCGUGGGCAUUUACAAGAUUCAUCAUACAAGUUACAGUGUCGCGCUGGAUCCAGGCGCUGUUGCCCUCAAGUCGGCCGGCGCCGCGGAUGCCCCCGUCGACAAAGAGAACCAGCCCGUUGCAUUCGUGGCGGAUGCUGCGGCACCAGCUGCGGCCGUUGAGCGCAAGUCGGCGCUGGCUCUGUCGCAACGCUCCGUGGACGGUAUAGAGACCCGAAUGGAUGUCGCAUUCACAUAG